AUGAACGUGGAACGCAGUAAUAGUUUUGACGAAAAAUCGUCAUCUGCAUCUCCUUAUGAGUUCACAAAAACUGGUAUGAUCGGUGAGCAACGUGACACAAUGCUUUCCAGUCCACUUCAGAUAGUCCCCGAAUUAGGAAAAUCGUCAAAACGAGGACACAAAUUACCCGCACAAAACUUUACGUACGGAAUCACGAUACCACGACGAGAUGGAGGAGUUGCGGAAGCCAUGUAUCAUGGAUCAUCAUUAGAGAAAACUGGAUCCGCCAUCAAUCCUGAUUUUGAAUAUGUAAGAGAUUAUUCAGCUUUAAACAAAGCCGCUCUCGAGGCAGGCAUGAUAUCAGCAAAAGAUCAAUCAAGAUUUCGGUACGUUGUAAUGAAUCCAAUGCGAUUUCCAGAUGAUGUGGUUUUUGGCACGCCAUGCAGACCAUCGACUCCAAUCAGUGAAGUGUUAGAAUAUAAGUUUUCAGAGAAAUGGACUCAAAGUAUGCGUGAAAAAGAAUUAAAUUCCCAAAAACAACGAGCAGAUGUUGCUAAUGCAUUCAAAGGUAGUUAUCACACAAAAGCAAGUUUAUUACGACAAGCCAAGAUACCAGUAGAACCCAAACAACUUUGGCAGUUGUCCAAAUUUGCCAAUGGCGAAGCUCAAAUCGACUCGUUUCGUGAUGAAAAUGAAAGAAGAAAAGCCCAUAGUGCCACAAUGUAUGACUCUCUAGCUCGUCAAGGAACAUUUCAUACCGGAAUUUAUAAUGUUCCACGCACAACAGUCAAAACGUGA